CUGGGGGCUGGGGAGAUGAACGCUGCGGCCAGCAGCUACCCCAUGGCCUCCCUGUACGUGGGUGACGUGCACUCGGACGUCACCGAGGCCAUGCUAUAUGAAAAGUUCAGUCCUGCAGGGCCUGUGCUGUCCAUCCGGGUCUGCCGCGACACGAUCACCACCCACAGCUCCCUGGGUUAUGCCUACGUCAACUUCCAGCAGCCGGCUGACGCUGAGCGGGCCUUGGAUACCAUGAACUUUGAUGUGAUUAAGGGAAAGCCAAUCCGUAUCAUGUGGUCUCAGAGGGAUCCCUCUUUGAGAAAAUCUGGUGUGGGAAAUGUCUUCAUCAAGAACCUGGACAAAUCUGUAGAUAACAAGGCACUUUAUGAUACUUUUUCUGCUUUUGGAAAUAUUCUGUCCUGCAAGGUGGUGUGUGAUGAGAACGGCUCUAAGGGUUAUGCCUUUGUCCACUUCGAGACCCAGGAGGCUGCCGACAAGGCCAUCGAGAAGAUGAACGGCAUGCUCCUCAAUGACCGCAAAGUGUUUGUGGGCAGAUUCAAGUCUCGAAAAGAGCGGGAAGCUGAGCUUGGAGCCAAAGCUAAGGAAUUCACCAAUGUUUAUAUCAAAAACUCUGGGGCAGAGGUGGAUGAUGAGAGUCUGAAAGAGCUGUUCAGCCAGUUUGGUAAGACUCUAAGUGUCAAGGUGAUGAGAGAUCCCAGUGGGAAAUCCGAAGGCUUUGGCUUUGUGAGUUACGAAAAACACGAGGAUGCCAGUAAGACCGUGGAGGAGAUGAAUGGAAAAGAAAUCAGUGGGAAAGUCAUUUUCGUCGGCCGUGCACAGAAGAAAGUGGAACGGCAGGCCGAGUUAAAGCGAAAAUUUGAACAGCUGAAACAGGAGAGAAUUAGUCGGUAUCAGGGGGUGAACCUCUACAUUAAGAACUUGGAUGACACCAUUGAUGAUGAGAAGUUAAGGAAAGAGUUUCCUCCUUUUGGAUCAAUCACCAGUGCUAAGGUGAUGCUGGAGGAUGGGAGAAGCAAAAGGUUUGGCUUUGUCUGCUUCUCAUCCCCUGAAGAGGCAACCAAAGCAGUCACUGAGAUGAAUGGACGCAUCAUAGGCUCCAAGCCACUGUAUGUCGCCCUGGCCCAGAGAAAAGAAGAGAGAAAGGCUCACCUGACCAACCAGUAUAUGCAGCGGGUGGCCGGGAUGAGAGCGCUCCCCGCCAAUGCCAUCUUAAAUCAGUUCCAGCCUGCAGCUGGGGGCUACUUUGUGCCAGAAGUUCCACAGGCUCAGGGAAGACCUCCAUAUUACACACCUAACCAUUUAGCACAGAUGAGGCCUAAUCCACGCUGGCAGCAAAGUGGGAGACCUCAAGGCUUCCAAGGAAUGCCAAGUGCUAUAGGCCAGUCUGGGCCUCGUCCAGCUCUUCGCCAUCUGGCUCCAACUGGGUCUGAGUUCCCAGACCACUUGGCUACGGACUUUGGUGGGGCUGGUGCCGCCCAGCAAGGGCUGACUGACAGCUGCCAGUCUGGAGGUGUUUCCGCAGCAGUGCAGAACCUAGCGCCUUGUGCCGCCGCUGCUGCUUGGGCUGUUGCACCUUACAAAUACGCCUCCAGUGUCUGCAGCCCUCACCCCGCCAUCCAGCCCCUGCAGGCACCCCAGCCUGCGGUCCACGUGCAGGGGCAGGAGCCGCUGACCGCCUCCAUGCUGGCCGCAGCACCCCCGCAGGAAGAGAAACAGAUGCUGGGUGAACGUUUGUUACCGCUCGUCCAGACGAUGCACUCACACCUGAUUGGGAAGAUUACGGGGAUGCUGCUGGGGACUGACAACUCGGAGCUGCUGCACAUGCUGGAGUCCCCCGAGUCUCUCCGCUCCAAGGUGGAUGAAGCUGUGGCGGUCCUACAGGCUCAUCAUGCCAAGAAAGAAGCUGCCCAGAAGGUGGGCACUGUUGCUGCUGCCACCUCUUAGACAAGGACAAACCGAUUCAAAAGCCAGAUAAACCCUCGUGGAAUUCAGCUCAAGGUUUGAAGACGUCCUAGCUUGUCCUAUGGACCUCAACACCAAGAACCACAAAUUGCAAAUUUAAUAGGUCAUUUUGUAUCAAAAGGUCAAUUAUGAAGCACCUAGAAUUUUUCAAUUAAAAGAAUAUAUUCUCUGGGUUCUGAUAUGGCCCAAACGGUGUUAACUUUUUCUUUUUCUAUUGUGAGUUUUGAUUUAUUCCCCCAGAAACUGGUUUUAUUUGAUG